ACGUUGACGUCACAUUACAUGCGUCAUUGCGUCAUCACUGUCUGCCAUAUUGUAUACGGAAAUAAGAGUGGAAGAGGGCCGACGUCCCGGAUGCAUGUAAACAUCCACGUCAACAGAAAGUAUAUUGAUGAAACAGUUAUAAGGGCGCGGAACAGCGCGAAUACAGACAUUACGGGCUCUGGCGGAUGUAUAAUUAAAUGACUUAAACACGGUGGUGUUUUUAGGUUUGUGCAAACAAUGACUUCCCUAACGCAGAGAAACUCGGGCCUGGUGCAGAGACGGACCGAGGCCUCGCGUAGCGCCGCGGAUAAGGAGAAAAGCCCCGGAGAGGAUGAGGACGAGUCCCGCCGCGGAGAAGAGGACGACGACAACAAGGGAGACGCUAAAGAAACGCGGCUGACUUUGAUGGAAGAGGUGCUGCUGCUCGGACUGAAGGAUAGAGAGGGUUACACAUCAUUCUGGAAUGAUUGCAUAUCAUCUGGACUGAGAGGGUGUAUGUUUAUUGAACUUGCCUUAAGAGGACGCCUGCAACUGGAGGCAUCUGGAAUGAGGAGGAAAAGCCUGCUAACCAGAAAGGUGAUUUGUAAAUCUGAUGCCCCCACUGGAGACAUGUUGCUAGACGAGGCAUUGAAACAUGUUAAAGAGACUCAGCCUCCAGAAACAGUCCAGAGCUGGAUUGAGUUGUUAAGUGGUGAAACCUGGAAUCCGUUGAAGCUGCACUACCAGUUGCGAAAUGUGCGAGAGCGCUUGGCUAAGAACUUGGUGGAGAAGGGUGUCCUCACCACAGAGAAGCAAAACUUCCUGCUUUUUGACAUGACCACCCACCCGCUCACCAACAACACCAUCAAGCAGCGGCUAGUGCGCAAGGUCCAAGAGUCCGUCCUGGAGAAAUGGGUCAACGAUCCCCAACGGAUGGAUAAGCGUCUGCUGGCACUGCUGUUCCUGGCACAUUCCUCUGAUGUUCUAGAGAACGCCUUCUCUCCUCUGCUGGACGACCAGUACGAUCUAGCCAUGAAGAGGGUGCGGAUGCUUCUGGAUCUCGAGCCCGAGGCUGAAGCUGCCAAGUCAGGCGCCAACGAGCUGCUGUGGGCGGUGGUGGCCGCUUUCACCAAAUGAACCUCCAGAGUAGAGAGAAAGGGACUCAACUUUGUGCUCAUGGCAUUGGACUCCGGCCGCUGGCCCCAAGCUUGGUUGAUUCGGACUAAUUUUGGUGAUGGUGAUGAUGGAAAUGCAAAUUAUGAAGGAGAAGAUGCUGAUGAUGACGAUACUUGGAAAGGGACAGCUUUUUCUCAUUGUCACAAAUCUGUCUCUGACCUUCACAAAGGUGUUGCCCUGUCUACUUCAAAUGGCCAAUAGUUGAUUGCAAUGAUUGCAAUUCACUGUGAGGCUUCUUGUAGUUCAUGCACUUAGAUCAUAAAGUUAAUGUAAGAACAAAAAUGAGCGCAUUGAAGGGAGGUGGUUUGUAAAGGGUCUGUACUUAAAUAGGCCGUGACUAAUCUUAAUCCAGAUCCAGAUAUAGUUCUACAGUAAUUUCAAACUCCAUGUGUCUUUGAAUAAGGAGCCACUUCUUCCGAACACACAGGUUUGAUGAUCCUUGUCAUGGUUACAUGGAAAGGUCCAGUUUCGGUUGCAUUUGCAUAUUCAGCAGGAAAUGUUCCAUUCGUUUCUGCUACCUGAAAUGAGUCCUGAGUUGAAAGAAAAUAAACCAAUUCACAUUUCAAAAGACUGAAACGCAAGCAUAAGUUUUUCUCCGGUGCUUUGAAGAUACAUGACCUUGCUUCCUUGCAAGUCUUCUUUCCAGAAAUCCACUCUUUCUGAAUGCUCAAAGAAUAAAAUGUUCUAAUGCGUGCUAAUAUUUUAGUUUUUUUGCUUGGCGAUUCACAUCGGCCUGUGUAUGAAGUGACUCUAACUUGAUAGCGAUUGUUAUAUUACUCACAGCCUUUUGUUCGGCUUAUCAAAUCUAGUUCAUCUCUCCAAUACAAGAUCAACAGUUCAUUCUGACAAUGAAUGGCUUGGGUUUUAUACUAUAAUGCACCACAAACCAGGUCAAGGAAGCAUUGAGCUCACAAAUACAACAUAAAUCAAACGUCUGGGUUUAAGUUGCCUCAUAACUUUCAUGCAUUUCAUACAAAUAGCCAGUCAAACACUACAGGAGCCCCAACUUCAAGAAAAGCUUUCAUUCCCGAGGCCUUUUUAUAGUGAUCACUGCAUUGAUGUAGCUUUCUUGUCAUAUAUGCUUUUGUUCAUGCCAUAAUCUCUCCUCUUGCUAUGUUUCCAAUUUUUAUACUAUGUUUUUAAUAAUUUUUAUUUUGUUCCUUCCUUUAGCCGUUACCACAAUAUUUCAGUUGUUUGUCAUGUUUUUGGUUGUCUCUUGUCCUGAAAGAGGACAGGUAAAGCACGGGAUAGGGAUAUGCCCUUUCUGUGUACGCAAGCAGGUUUGACAUGAUGAUUUACUGUUAGUAAACAAUAAUUAAUGAGCUGUAAAAGUAGAAAUGGUGUGAAACGGAUGCCCUGAUUUGUACAUCUGCUUUUUAUCAUAUAAUAAAGUAAUAUCUUUAAGUGCCUGGAAGGUAUAUGAA